GUCUACAUCAUCUACUCCCCAGAGGGAGCGUGUGCCGCGUACGAACAAGCCACGGCGUUGUACGGUCCCGGCGCCGUCCGCGUCCAGUCCGGCGCGCACUGCUACGAGAACUUUGUCUUUGACGAGAACACACGGGCGGUCCUGCAAAUGAGCCAGCUGCUCGACUUUGGGAUCUGCCCCGACCGAGGCUACUACCUCUCCUCGGGCGACACCAACUGGGGUGCCUUCAAGAAGCUCUUUGCGCACGGCAAGGUGCUCCCCUCCGGCUCCUGCUACUCGGUCGGCCUCGGCGGCCACAUCUGCGGCGGAGGGGACGGCAUCCUCUCGCGGUUGUACGGCAUCACGGUGGACUGGCUGACGGGCGUCGAGGUCGUCGUCAAGGACGACCCGACCCGCCCGGCACGGCUGAUCUACGUGUCGAAGGACAGCACGGACUGCGACGAGCGCGACCUGUGGUGGGCCCACACCGGCGGCGGCGGCGGCAACUUUGGCGUGAUAACUCGCUACUUCUUCAAGGAGCUGCCCGACGCGCCCAAGGGUGUCGUGACGAGCAACGUCGCAUUUGACUGGAGUAAGCUCACAGAGGACAAGCUCUACGCAGUCCUCAAGUGGUAUUACGACUUUGCCGCUCGGGAGGACAACCGCUGCUCCUCUGCCAAGUUCCAGAUCAUGCACGAGGCCGUCGGCGAGUUCCAGAUGUACCUCCAGACCGCCUACUUUUGCGACGAGGGCCGCGACAAUGCGAGAGUUUACCACGGCGAGAUCGAAGACGAGCUGCAGCACAUCUGCGGUGACAUGAUCAUGGCGAACGGAGGCAAGCAGGCCCUCGCAGGGCACGGCUCGUGGUUCUGCCCGCCCAAGCCGCGCCCGCCGUGCGACGCCGACGGCGCGCGCAAGGGCGGGCGCGACUUCGACUUUUACGCGUCGACGCAGACGAUAAACUCGUCGGGCCCCAACCAAAGGGGCAAGUACAAAAGCGCCUACCACAAGCAGCCCUUCGACCGGCAGAUGGUGCACGACAUGUUUGCGGCGCUCACCACCACGGCGCCCGGCCUGAGCCGGGACGACAUGAAGCAGAGUCUCAUCCAGGUGGACUGCUUUGGAGGCCGCAUAAACGACGUGGAGCCGGAGGCGACGGUCAUCGCUCAGCGCAGCUACAAAGUCAAGCUCCAGUUCCAGACCUACUGGGACGACGAGGCCGAGGACGAACCGCACCUGGCGUGGAUCAGGAGCGCGUACGAGUCCUGCUACGCACGGUGGGGGGGCGUACCGGACCCGACCCGUGGGCCGCCCAUGGACACGAGCGCGCCGCCGGACGAGUCGCCGUUCGAGGGGUGCUACUACAACUACCCCGACGUGGACCUGAACGGGUGGAAGAAUGGCAAGUACGGCGCGCUCACGCUCUACUUUCUGGACAAUUUCCAGGCGAACGCCCGCAACCUCGUCGACAUCAAGCGCCGCUGGGAUCCGGCCGGCUACUUCUGGCACACACAAAGCAUCCCCUCCUACAAGUCGGCGCUGCCAAAGUAG